AUGGGCCGGGUGCCUUUGCGGCUGGUGAAGGCCAUGAAGUGCACCAAGAUGAUGUGCCCCAGCGGCUGGGCGCCGAAGCCAGCUCUGAAUGCAGGCGAGAAUGCUGUGCUGCACCUGUGCCACAGUCAGACGUGCACUACGGAGGAUGACUCUACGAGAUGCUGCCGAGAAGCUGGCACCCCGUGCCAGGACUUUGGACUAGCCUUUGGUUGUCCAAGCGACUCCUUCCUCUUCGACAUGGGCUUCUGCCACCGCUCGCCCUGCGUGGCACAAGACCACCGCUUCUGCUGCCAGCAUAUCAAGCAAGAUCAAGAAGAGCAGCAGUUCGACAUGACCAAAGGCAUUCAUCUUGAGGCAGUUCUGAUCUGCUCGGGCCGUGCCAUGGGCAUCAGAGCGGCUGCUAUCACUGGGGUAAAGACCAACGGUGCGGGUGACCUCUCAACCUUCCUCACCGGAGCGCCUCUGGCGAGAGGGUAG